AUGUCGGAAUCUCCGCCGCCCCCACCAUCGUGGAGUAUAGGCAGUAUGGCCAACAGUGCAGUCCAGUUUCUGCGUCUUCCGAUGCUAGCAUCGUCCGGCCUAGCUGUUGUUGCUAGUGGCCUCUUGUAUUUCAAGCAAAAUGAGCUUAUCUACCCGCGAAAUAUCCCUACCGAUGCACGUACAAGUGUCCCCAAACCUCGCCAGUUCGGAUUGGAUGACUACGAGGAGCUUCAGCUUCGCACGCCGGAUGGCGAAUCGUUGCAUGCCUACUUCAUUCGUGCUCCGCCCAAGCGAUUGGACCAGAACCUUACCGUGCUGAUGUUUCAUGGAAAUGCAGGCAACGUGGGUCAUCGCAUUCCCAUCGCGAAGGUUCUGCAAGAUUUCUUGGGGUGUCAUGUUCUGAUGCUAGAGUAUCGGGGCUACGGUUUAUCCACUGGGGUCCCUGACGAGAAUGGUCUAAAAAUCGACGCUCAGACAGCGCUCGAUCACCUGCGGCAAAGGGGAGAGACGGCGGACUCACGGAUUAUCAUAUAUGGACAGAGUCUUGGAGGAGCUGUGGCAAUCAACCUUGUCGCUACCAACGAAGACAAGGGUGGCAUUGCCGGGUUGAUCCUCGAGAAUACCUUCCUUAGCAUCCGAAAGUUGAUCCCCAGCGUCUUCCCCCCGGCCCGGUAUCUUGCUCGAUUCUGCCACCAGACAUGGACGAGCGAGGAGGUUCUGCCAAAGAUAACCCAGACCCCUGUGCUGUUUCUGAGCGGAUUAAAAGACGAGAUUAUACCACCAGCGAACAUGACACAGCUGUUUGCUAUUUGCAACGCCAACCGCAAAGUGUGGCGAACACUUCCAAACGGCGCACAUAACGAUAGUGUGGCUGAGCCAGGAUACUUCGAGCAUAUCCAUUCUUUUGUUACGGAAGAAAUCCUGAAAAAUUAA